AUGCCUAAGGAUCUGACAUUCAACGUCCACUACACGGACGAGUUCUCGCACAAUUUCUACGGCGACGGGAAGAAACUCGCCGGCAAUAUGCGUGAGAUCUACCAUGAUCAGAAUAUUGAGUUCCCGGAUGAUUUCGACUCGACGAUGACAGUGCCGCCGGUUCAUUUUAUGCAGGUUUCGGCAUCGGAUGAUGUGGAUGUAGAGAAGUUGAAGGCAGUUCAUGUUCCUGCUGGAUUGGAUGUUGAGAUUCAUGAGUGGCAUAUGUGA